ACUAACGCCAGCAUUUUUAUUGUUGUACAGUUGUAUCGAUAUGAGAGAGAUCACUAUGACAAGAAACAAGAGAAAAUACUGAAAUAGCUUGUUCGACUUCGGGUAAUCAUCUGCACGUUUUGGAUGACUAUCAGUAUAUUUUGGGGGCCUUAUUUUGUCACUGGGACAUCCUAGUGACAUGAUUUUUGGAUGAGAUAAUUAGGUUGGGCAGGGUUACGAUUGACAUAUGGAAAAAUCUCUACGCCACGUUCCCUAGAAGUUACCGGUAUUGUGGUACGAAACUACACGGGACCCAGGGACUGUCUGACUGUGACUGUAGAGCCAAUUACUUCCAUCUUUUUCCUAAUUAUUAAAAUCAUAAAUUUAUAAAAAGUCACAUACAGCAGUACAGACAUUUAAGUAAAACAGAAAUAACAAUUACUGUACCGGUACCAUAGUAAAUAUUUCACAUUGUUAUUGAUAUAUUAUACGACAUUCAGACAUUACUAAUUGCUUGUAUCUGACACAGUGAAUAAAACAAAUUUACGAAUCUGCCAGCCAUGGCAAACGGAUGGACAUAUGACCACAGCUUAUACAGUAAUAUUGCUGAUUUUUCUAAUCUCGAUAUUCCCCAUUUUCCUCCCAUGCUUCUAUUUCAGUCACACACGAGUGAUUUUAUCAAUCAGCUGAUUCAAUAUCAUUGUGAUGCCACAAUGCGGAAGCAGUGUGCUCUUGUAAAACCACUUCACGCUAAAGUUCACCGAAGUCAAAUUGUGUUCGCUGAAAAUUUAGAGUCAACGUAGCUUGAAAGAGAAGACAAGAGGAUGGCUCCUGGCGAUACAAGAAAGAAACAAAAAACUGCUGAAUCCUCGUCUAGAGGAACUAAGUGGAGAAAGCGAGAACAGCGUCAUUACAAACGUAAAUCACGCAAGAAUCCUCACAAUGCUCUUGUAAGCACAUCGGAAAACGUUGAAAAUAACAUCAGUUACGCGACACACCACGGGAACCAAGCACCAACCAAAGGGAAGAAUGAUAUUAAACCUGUUGAAUCGAACAAAGAAUCCAAACAGCUGGUAUGUGGUCAGCGGUUAACUGUAAAACCUUUCACCCGAAGCAAGCUCGGAAAAGGAUCGUGGCCUGAGAUACGAAUACCGCCCGAGAUUGAGCGUCAUUCUGCAAAAUGUGUGCAAAAGAUUGUUGCGGCCAAAAACGAAAUUUGUCGAAAUUGGGACCCGCCAUCGUCCAAUGAGAUUAUUUCGCUGCCACAAAAUAUAUCUCUACUCAAAAACAAAAGCAUGCAACAACAACAACACGAACUGGGGGACCAAAUGGCUUCUGACCCAAGUUUACGUGAUUGGCUUCAAAGCGCAAAACGGAAGAAUAAGCCAGGUCAUCCAAGACUAGAAAAUACAAAAGAAAUUGCUGAUGAUUUCAAAUCAGAAAUGAAACAGAAACGAGAAUCUGUAACGAAGAAUAUAAGAACAAAGUUUGAGGAAAGUACUUUAAAGUCUAAAUCAAUUGAAAAUGAAGAACAGAAGAUAGACAAUGAAAAUAAUGCAAAUGAAUUUGAUGUAAUGUCAACAUUGGGGGAUUUUGGUGCAUCGAAGGAUAUUAUAGUCCAAGAUAUGAUUCACACCACUCUGCCAGGAGUCAGGACUAUGGACAAAAUAAGAGAGGAGUUGUUGUCGAUGAUGAAGGCCGUUCGCUUGGAUGACGAUUCUUGUGAAGGUAUUUCUUCAACUUCAUCAUGUUGUUCAUCUCAAAAGUUUUGGACGGCGAACGACAGCUUUGACAAUGGACAAACUGAUACCACAUCCGAAGAUCGGCCAGCACGAGAAAACAAUCCAAUGCCAUGGAAGAAUGAAAUGUUUUUCUCAAAAACAUCGGUCAAAGACUUCAAGAAUAAAGUACGUAACGACAUGACGUCUAGAAGGUUAGUACGAGUUUAUGAUGAGCUGAAACAUAAUACUCUUAUUCAGCGAAAAGUUGUAGAGUGGGUAACAAUGUAG